AUGUGGGGGAAUGGGUCAUCCCCUGGAGAUUUCAUUCUGCUUGGCAUCUUCACCAACAGCAGGGCCCAUCUCAUCCUCUUUGCCACCGUCAUGGCAGUCUUCAUAGCGGCUAUGGCUGGCAAUGCUCUUCUCCUCCUCCUCAUUCACACUGAUCCCCGGCUCCACACCCCCAUGUACUUCUUCCUCAGUCAGCUCUCCCUCAUGGACCUGACUCUGGUCUGCACCAUCGUGCCCAAGAUGGCCACCGACUUCCUGUCUGGCAGGAAGUCCAUCUCCUUUGUAGGCUGUGGCUUCCAAAUUGGCCUGUUUGUCUCCAUGGUGGGCUCUGAGGGGCUCCUGUUGGGCCUCAUGGCCUAUGACCGCUACAUAGCCAUCAGUCACCCUCUGCAUUAUCCUCUUCUCAUGAACCGGAGGGUCUGUCUGCAAAUUGCUGGUGCUUCCUGGGCUUUUGGGGUAUUGGAUGGGCUGGUCCAGAUGAUAGCUGCUCUGAGCUUCCCCUACUGUGCAUCCCGAGUGGUUGACCACUUCUUCUGCGAGGUGCUGCUCCUGCUGAAGCUGGCCUGCGCUGACACCUCUGCCUUUGAUUCCUUUCUGUUCGCCUGCUGCAUCUUCAUGCUUCUCCUCCCCUUCUCCAUCAUCGUCGUAUCCUACAGCCUCAUCCUGGUGGCAGUGCUGCGCAUGCGCUCGGCCCAGGCCUGCCACAAGGCCCUGGCCACCUGCUCCUCCCACCUGGCUGCCGUCUCCCUCUUCUACGGGGCAGCCAUGUUCAGCUACCUGCGGCCCAAGCGCCUCCGGGCUCCCAGCCAUGACAAAGCGGUGUCCGUCUUCUACACGGUCCUGACGCCCAUGCUCAACCCCCUCAUCUACAGCCUGAGAAACCAAGAGGUGAUGGGAGCUCUGAGGAGGAGGCUGGGACACUGGGCCGUUGGGCCUCCAGUUGUCAGGCCUAGGCUCCCUCUGGCCCGAUCGUGA